CAUGACCAGCAGUAGCUAUGUCUUGUACUAGUCCUUCUUAGGUGACCCAACACAUAUGAACACAGGAAUUAAUUCAGAAUAGAGAUCUUCCUAAUUAUCUUGCAGGAAUCAUCUUUCCGGGAUAUAUAUAUGGCGCAAUUAGAAGCAUCAAAAGUAGUUUUAAAGAAUCCAAGCUAUGACGCUUACUUUGACAAGGUCCAGAACAGAAAGAAACUGCCUAUGUCAUUGCAGCAGACCUUAACUGACGCAUUCGCAAGUAUUCCAGUUUCAGCCUUCCCCGAAGUUCCUCGAGGCAAAGUUGUGGAGAUUCAAGCAGAUGCUUCAGUUGGCGAGGCGAUCAAGAUUCUGUCGGAUGCCAACAUCUUGGCGGCUCCUGUGAGGGAGUCGGAUGAUGUACACACUAUGGAUUGGAGGGAGAGGUAUUUAGGAAUCAUAGAUUUCUCUGCCAUUGUUCUUUGGGUUUUGGAGAGUGCAGAUAUUGCUGCGGCGGCCUUAUCUGCCAGUUCUGCAGCAGCUGCUGGAGUUGGUGCGGGCGCUGCUGGUGCACUCGGAGUGCUAGCAGCAGGCGCAACGGGUCCCGUGGCAGCUGCAGGUCUAGCUGCUGCUGCAGUUGGUGCAGCUGUAGCUGGUGGUUUGGCUGCAGAUCAAGGGAUUGGAAAAGAUGCACCUGCAGCCGCUAAUACAUUGGGAGAGGAUUUCUAUAAAGUCAUCCUCGAAGAAGAGCCUUUUGCAUCAACGACAGUGAGGUCAAUUGUCACAUCUUAUCGCUGGGCGCCAUUUAUUCCAGUUGCAUCAGAUAGCUCGAUGUUGAGUGUCCUAUUGCUGCUUUCCAAGUAUAGGCUGAGGAAUGUACCUGUAAUUGAAAGUGGAAAAGCAUCCAUAAAAAACUUUAUAACCCAAUCUGCUGUCGUAAAGGGUCUAGAGCACUGCCAAGGAAGGGAUUGGUUUGAUUGCAUUGCUUCUCAACUAAUUACUGAAGUGGGUCUUCCUUUCAUGUCCACUGAUGAGGUCAUCUGUGUCCAGAGCAGUGAAUUGGUAUUGGAAGCAUUUAAGCUAAUGAAAGAAAACCAAAUUGGAGGACUUCCUGUCGUUGAAGGACCGGAGAGGAAUAUUGUAGGCAGUCUUAGCAUAAGAGAGAUUAAGUUUCUGUUACUCAAUCGGGAACUUUUCUCAAACUUUAGGAAUCUCACUGUGAAAGAUUUCAUGAACACCAUUGCUUCAGAAGCCCCUGAUGGUGGGGAAAUCAUGAUCCCAAUAACAUGCAGUCUCUCUUCAACUUUGGGGGAUGUGAUACACAUUCUUUCUUCGAAGAUGGUUCACAGGGUUUAUGUUGUCGCUGCUAGUGGAAAAGAAGUAGCCGGUGUUAUUACUCUCAGGGACGUGAUAUCAUGCUUCAUAUUUGAACCUCCAAACUACUUUGAGAACUAUUUGGCGUCGUCAAGGCAAGAGGUCAACAGUUGA